UGCGGCAAAACGGCGCUGGCCAAGGAGGUCUUCGGGGAGACGUUGAACGAGAGCCGCGACCCCGACCGCCCUCCCGAGCGCUACACCGCCCGCUACUACCUCAAGUUCAACUUCCUCGAGCAAGCCUUCGACCGGCUCUCCGAGGCCGGCUUCCGCAUGGCCGCCUGCUCCUCCACCGGCACCUGCGCUUUCGACCCCGAGCAGGGCGGUCCUGCCGAUGACAAGAUCUGGACCAGCUACACCGAGUACGUCUUCUGCCGGGACUGA